AUGGAUGCGUUUCAAGCCGUCUCAGGCUAUGUCACCAAGAUGGUGUCGACUGGAGAUGGCGCUACUGCCUCUAACGCUGCCAAAAUGAAGAUACUUCUCCUGGACAAUGAUACUGUCUCGGUCGUAUCGUCGGCGACGACGCAGUCCGCCCUCCUAAACCACCAAGUCUACCUGACCGAUCGCUUGGACAACCACAACAGGGAGAAGAUGCGCCACCUUCGCUGCCUCUGUUUCGUACGCCCAUCUCCCGACAGUAUCCAAUUCCUGAUAGACGAGUUCCGCGAUCCCAAGUACGGCGAAUAUCACAUCUACUUUAGCAACAUAGUCAAGAAGUCCUCCCUUGAACGCCUUGCAGAAGCCGAUGACCACGAGGUUGUGAAAGCCGUCCACGAAUGUUUUGCCGACUACUUGGUCGUCAAUCCAGACCUUACCUCACUCGCCCUUGAACACCGCCUCUGGAGCUCAAGUCCCGACAUGUGGAACCAGGAUUCUCUGUCAAGGACAACCGAGGGUGUCAUUGCUUUGUUAUUGUCCCUCAAGAAGCGUCCCAUGAUCCGCUACCAAAAGAACAGUCUACUGGCGAAAAAGCUAGCCACAGAGGUUCGAUACCAGAUGACCCAAGAGGAACAACUCUUCGACUUCAGGAAAACCGAUACCGCUCCCAUACUUCUCAUUGUCGACAGAAGAGACGAUCCUGUCACUCCAUUGCUGACUCAAUGGACCUACCAAGCCAUGGUCCAUGAACUCCUUGGUAUCAAAAAUGGCAGAGUUAAUCUCAGCCAUGUACCAGACGUCCGGCCAGAGUUCAAGGAAAUUUUCAUCAGCCAAGAUCAAGAUCCAUUCUUCAAAAAGAACAUGUAUCUCAACUUUGGUGAUCUUGGUCAGAAUGCCAAGGAUUAUGUCGAGCAAUUCGCUUCGAAGCAACAGUCGAGUCACAAGCUUGAAUCUAUUGAGGAUAUGAAGCGGUUUGUAGAAGACUAUCCAGAGUUCCGCCGUCUGUCAGGAAAUGUCACCAAGCACGUCACCUUAGUCACCGAACUCAGUCGCAGAGUCGGCGAGGAGAAUCUACUGGACAUCAGCGAGCUGGAACAAAGCCUUGCUUGCAACGAGAAUCAUUCGAAUGAUCUGAAGACCUUGCAACGCCUCAUACAAGAUCCAAAAACGCCUUCAAACAACAAACUGCGCUUGGUGGCAAUCUACGCUCUCCGAUAUGCCUCUCACCCCUCGAACUCGACACCAGCUCUUAUGGAUCUUCUAGCCGUAGCUGGUGGUCUCUCUCGCCAUCGAAUCAAUCUCAUACCCAAACUCCUUACCUACGCGCAUUCUUUGCAGUCUUUGCCACAGACCGGUGCUAUCCCAGAUCUUUUCCAAUCGUCCUCCAUAUUCCAAGGCGCGCGAGAGCGCUUCAACCGAGGACUUGGUGGUGUGGAGAAUGUAUACACACAGCACUCGCCCCGGUUAGAGACAACGAUACAGGAUUUGAUCAAAGGCCGCCUGCGAGAUAACCAGUACCCCUUCGUUGAAGGUGGAGGCACCACACGAGAAAAGCCGCAAGACAUCAUUGUCUUUAUGAUUGGCGGUGCAACAUACGAGGAGGCGAAGAUGGUCGCGCAGGUUAAUGCUAGUAGUCCUGGUGUCAGGGUGGUGUUGGGAGGAACUUCAAUACACAACAGUGCGAGCUUCCUGGAUGAGGUUGAGGAAGCAGUCGAUAGCUGGCCAGAAGCACCACCGAGCAGUGCAGCGGGCAGAUUGAGAAAGGAAGUGGGUAGAUGA